CUUCCUUGACAACAACAGGUGCCCGAGGUAAACGAUUGUAAACCAUAAAAUAAUGAACGUUGAAAAUUAAACGGAAUUCUACUAAAAUUUGUACAUUAACUGUUGAAAGAUGGCAAUAAUACCUCCAGAAUUGAAGGGUAUUCCCACAAUAUUUGGAGAGGUGCUAGAGAAAAAUGUCACAUUUUGUAUUGAUACAUCUGGAAGUAUGUACAAAAGUCUUGAUGUUGUCAAGGAACAUUUGAUAGAAACAUUACUAAAACAUGCUAACAAGCCACCACCUAGGUCUUUCAACAUCUUAGAAUUCAAUUCUGAUGUCACACAAUGGGCAGAUAAAAUGGUUAAGUGUUCACCACAAACUGUGACUGUUGCUACAGAUUGGAUUAAAAAUUUAACCCCUAAAACGGGGACUAAUACCCAGGGUGCUUUGCUGACGGCUUUGUCAGAUUCGGCAUGUGGAGCUGUGUAUAUUGUGACAGAUGGAUUAGCUGAUCAACACCCGGUGGACAUUUUAGAUAGUGUAUACGAUGCAGCUAGGGGACGUCCCAUUCACUGUAUUUAUCUGAGUUCUGAGGAACGUACUGACAGCGUUGCAGUAGAAUUGUUGGAAGAUCUAGCCGUGGAAUCUUAUGGUUCAUUUCAUAUUAUAACAUUAACAACACAUGGAUGUGUUGAACGAAUAACACCAAUUUAUCGUGCAGAUCAUGCUGCAGAACGCUUAGUAAGAACAGCUAAUGGUACAAUUCAUAGCCAGGACAAAAUGUGCAGUAUGUCAACAUCACUUGCAGUGGACCCCGAAGAGAGUCUGUACCUAACACCACGAGUCAAUGCAUUUGGGCAUUAUGCCCCAUAUUUAGACCCUGUUUAUCCUUAUCAAUAUCCUGGGCAUGCUCCAUGGUUACCAUGGAACGCCUAUCCAUUUAGGUAUUAUUAUCCACAUGGCUGGAGCAGAUAUCGUCCAGCAAGGAAUUAUUUGAAAGCAAAAGAUGCCAUGUUAGAGAGCAUUGAAGGUGAUCUCUCUCCUGCAGCUGGUGCCCUGUUGAUUGGUAAAAGUGUGCUGGCUCGUAGAAUGGAUGAUGGAUAUUUUUACCAGGGAACUGUCAAAAGUCAGAUUUUGUCAGACAAAUUCCUGGUUGCAUUUGGUCCAUGUAAACACGGUAAAUACAAGGACACUACAUAUCAAGAUACAUACGUUUAUGACAUCAUCGAUUAUGAGGACGCUAAACGACACACAAUUCUGGCUGCCGAUCGUGUGCUAGCACCUUGGGAAGCGGAUGGUGAAAGAUUUGCUCCAGGAAUAGUCAUUGAUGGGCAUGAGAAAAGACAAGCCCCAGGUCCUGAAGAUGAUGUUUUAACAGUAACAUUUUCAAAUGGUAAGACAUCUCAAGUUCCUCCACAUACUGCAAUAUGGACACCAACAACUGUGUACGAACGAUUAGCCUUAGAACUUAAAAUGCCAAAAGAAGCAAGAGAGAAACUCCAAUCUCAAGAUGAAUAUCCAAAAGAGUCUUUACCAGGGUAUCCUACAUCAGGGCCAGAGGCAGAGCCAGAAGAAUUUGGAAAAGCCCCACCAUUUGAGUUCGAUUUAGACCCAAUGGUUUUGGAAACAAGACCAUGGCUUAGGCCUUACAUACAUGUACCUUUGGGACAGACCUUAGGCCAGACAAUGACACAGAGAACAAAAUCUGCUGUCCAGAGUGAGGAAAUUAGUAAACUUGUUCCUGGAACAACACUUACAAAUGGGGAGCUUGAACAAAAAAUAAGUAUGCAACUGAAUGAACAUAAACAAUUACUUGAUGAGCAAGAAAAAGAAAAGGAAGGAAAAGAUAAGGAAGAAACAUAUUUAGGAGUAUCAGACAAGCAAAAAGAAGAACAAAGAGUAAGAGAGGAAGCUUUACAGCUAAGACAAGAAAGAGAAAGGGCAGAACUACGAGAGAAAGAAAGAAUAGAAAUGCAUAGACGAGAAGAAGAAAGAAGGAGAGAUGAGCAAGAAAGACAAAGGUUUCUGGAAGAACUAAGAAGAAAAGAAGAAGUAAUUUCUGGAAAAAGACAUCUAACAGAAACUGAGGAGAUAGAAAAUAGAUUACAGGAGCAGAAAUUGGCAGACGCAUAUGGUGAAUGGAAAUCGGCAGAAUGGGAAUUAGCAUUGGAAACGGAAAGAUUGGAACAUAUAGCCAGACUUGAAGAAAUUGAAAAGUUACGUGAACUUGGUGGUGAUAGAUUAUUGCAAAAGAGACAAAAACAAGAAGAAAAUAUGUUUAAAAAGUCUGUAUCAUUCAGGGGAGAUAAUGAAGUCAAAAGAGAACGACCACAGUCAGCACAAGUUCUUAGGUCUGAUACCGGUGAAGAACAGUUUGACUACAGAAGAUUUGCUGUUGAUGACAUGGAUAUGUCCAGGAGGAGCAGAUUAGGUCUUUAUCGUCGCUCAAGAAAGAAGUCCCCUCAGCGACCUCCAUGGAAAAAAUAUUGGAAGAGCGAUACUGCUCCUGAGAUCAUUGCACCAAAUACACAUGGUGCAUUCAGGGAAACAGCUCUGCAAUGUCCUUUAGAAGCUAGAGAUCAAAGAGGUCCAUAUGUGGCUGAAUGGGGAAGUCCUAUGUUUAAGUAUGUAGAUAACUAUGCCACACAUGACUAUUCCAAUUCUGUUGAAUUACUUAUGAAGCACCCACAACCACCUCCACCAAGUAGGACGAGGGUAGAAGUCAAACGACAGGUUGUACAGAGACAUCCAGCAGAAGAGAAGGAGGAAAGACGAAUGAAUUUUAGGAGGCAGCAGGUAAUAAAUAGACAGCAAGCGUGGGACAAAAGGUCAAGGCAAGAAGACAGCAUGAAAGAAUUGAUGCAAGACCAACAUCGUGAGCGUGUAAUCGCUCAACUAGAACGUGACCACCAACGUCAGAUCAAAGAACAAGAAACUGUAGAAAAAGCUAGGGAAGCUAAGAAACACAUCAGUGCUGAGAUACGGUCAAAGAUUGAGGCUAAUCAGCUGAAAGAGAGAGAAAGAGACCAACAACGAAUAGAUGCUUUGAGGCAGAGGAGAGAAAGAAGGGAGGCAAUUCAGGGACAACGAGCAAGAGAGGUGGAGCAAGUCGAAAAGAAAAGACAGGAAGUUAAAGAGAAAAACUCACAAGCCAGAUGGGAUUCCCACCAUCAAAGACUUAUAUAUGAAGAUAACCAAAAUCAUACAGAAGAAUGUAGGGUGAGAGCAGCCAAAAUAAAUCGCAUUCAGCAUUUCCGUAAAUUGGAAGAACACGGACAAAUGAGGAAGGAUGCUAGAAUUGGUAUUACUAAUCAACACAUAGCAAUGUACCAAUCUCAAGUGUUACCAUAAAUGAAUUGUUCAUUAGGUCAAAGGUGACGGUCAAAUUUUAUUUGUAUACUAGUCUGUUUGAAAAUGUAGAAUAAUGCUUUUAGAUAACACCACUGAAUGUGUUAAAUGUCUUAGGAAACUAACAAAAGAAGACUUCGUUGUUUGCAAUUUUACAAGUACUAGGUAGAUUAUGAAUAUGAAUUAUUUUUUAAAAUUAGCUUUAGAAAAAUAGGCUCUUUAUUUUUAAUCAGUAAUUAUUAGACCCAAAACAAAUAAUCAUAAUUUCUGAUAAGAUAUACUAGCUUUCUUUUGCAAGAGAUUCACAAAAUCCUUUAAGCUUAUAUAGAUUCUAAAGGAUUAUGGGUAAUUUUAUUGUUAGUACUUACAACUGAAAAAAAAAAAUCGCAGUUAUGGUUUAAUUUCCAUUGUUUAUGAUGUUGUUGCCUAAUCAGCAUUUUUUGUGUACACUUUUAAAAAAAAUUACCUGGAAUGCUUCAAAUUCUGAAAUUUUGAAUUACAGCAGAGGACACUGUUUGAUAUUUCAAAUCUAAGUUAUCUCCCUUAUAUAGUAACUAUUUGGUGGUAUUUUCUGUCUCAAUGUAAAUAAGUAGAAUGACCUAGAUUUAAUAUUGUAAUGUGCACAGAUGCCUUAUAGAUUUAAUUGCUCAGUUUUUGGAAGAGCUAAAUGAAUAUGUAUAUUUUUAUAUAUGACUCCAGCAAGAAUGUGAUAGUGUUAUAAGAAGUUCAUUUUAUGUGAUGACAUGUGAUAAUAAACAUUUUUAUAAAAUAUGUAAUUGUAAAAAUCUUUGAGAAUAUUAUUCCAAUUUAAUGUUACUCUAUAGAUCAUUUAAAAGGCUAGAUUUGAAAAAAAUCAAAUUAUGGGGAAAAUAGAUGGAAAUGAAUAGAAAACAAAUAUAAAUGAAUAGAAAACAAAUAGAAAUGAAUAGAAAACUUAUAUUGAUGAAUAGAAAUCUAGUAUUGAUGAAUAAAAAAAUGAUAUUGACGAAUAGAAAACAAGUAUCAGAAUAGAAAAUAAAUAGAAAUGAACAAAAAUUCAAUUUUGAAACAGAAUUUCAAAAUGUAUCAUUAGUUUUUUUUACCAUAAAUAUUCUCAUUCAUUUCAACUCUUACUUUCAUUUGUCAUUAUGUAUUCCAAUUUGGAAAAUUUGUGGUUUAUUCAUGUAAAAAUGCAAUUUUCUCAUUUAAUUAUCAUUACCCAGUGUGUCAGUCAUACAUUUAUUUGUUAUAGAAUAAGAAAAUGUCUGUGAAUAUAACAUACUUCAAAGAUGUAAAAUGUUGAAAAGAAAAAAAAAAUAAUUGUGAUUUCUUUUUUAAAUUCAGAAAAUAUAAUAUUUUAUUGUAUAAUGAACUACAAGAUUUUUAGUUAUUUGAAAAAAAUAUAUUAAAAUCAUUUAAAAAAGUCUAAUUGGGGAACACACUUUUAGAAAAAGGUGUAGGUGUUUUAAAAAUACAUAACUACCAUUAAGAUUAAACAAAUAUUGUUUAAGAAUAGUUUUAAUCAUGUAAUAAGGUACUGUCAGUUUCUUAUAAUUUUAUACAAUUUUUAUAAAUAUGAUAUGUAAAUGAAGACGACAUAAAAUAUUACGUUUUCUGUUAUACCGGUAAAAUCUCUUAUGAUAUUUCUUAUGAUGAUUCAUCAUUUCUGACCUAUGUUAUUUCAUGGAUUACUUUUGUAAUAAAUUUCUUUAGAAGUGUUCAGCAUCACAGUUUCACAUCAGAGUUCAUUUGAAAACCUCUGUAUGAUGUCCAGGGCUAUUUUUAGUUUUAUGUGUAGAGUGAUUGACACACAUUCAGUCAAAUCCUGUAACUUCAAUUCUUGUUAGUCCAUGCAUUUUCGCUGAUGUAAUAUCAAGUGAUCAGACUAAUAGGAUGAACAGAAUUACCGGCAGACGUUGUGAAUCAUUUCAUUGCUGAUGAUGAGGAAUUUUUUAAAGGCUUAAAUAAUCAAAAUACCGUCCAAGAUAGUUGUCAUUAUUGAAUGUUUCCCCCUUAAAAGUUUGUUGUUCUUUACCUGUUUGUGUUUAGAUUCAUAUUGUUUCAUGUUAAAUGGAAGUAGGAUUACAUAUAGGGUACUAAAUGGUCAUCAGUAUUCCAUAAACUUACAGAUCUUCAAAUGUGACUGAAUUUGUCCAUAACAUUCAAUGAAUCCAUGAAUAUCUAAGGAAAUUUGCUUGUUAUUUUAAUUACUACUUUUUCUUAGUUCCUGAUAAAUUUGCUGAAUGGAAAUUUACUCAUUAUAUGCAUUUUUAUCCUUGUAUUAAACUCGUUAUUAUGAUUGAAUUUGAAUGUUUGGUUUAAAAGAAAGUUUGGAUAUUGUCCUGUAACUCUGACAUGUAAACUUCCCCUAGAAGUGAUAUAACAUGAUAUCCAUUCAGUAUUUCAGUAUAAUGUUGUUUAAAUGUUAAUAUUUUACUCUUUUUAGCAAAUAUUGUCAGUGAUGUCCUGCAACCAAGAAGCUUAAAUGAAUAAAACAUUACAAUAAAUGGUUGAUAGAAUUAACAUAGACAAUUUUCAUGAUAUUUCCAUCAUCCUUUUAAACUUUGAAAAAAUGUGUAUAUAUUAGAAUCCAGUUGUAGUACAAUUGCCUUGUUUUAAAAAUAGAAUAGAUUUUUCACUUUUAUGUACCCAGUUUUUUAAGUAGAAAAUUUUGUUCCAGUUUUGAUGUCAAAAUUAUCAUACACAGGAUGACAUUUGUUGUCCUUAGCAGCCAUGUCAGCAAACGUACAUAUAACUAUCCUGAAAACUUCAGUUAACCCUAACUUGAGAGUCCAAUUUGAAUUAAAUGAGUUAAAGGAAAAUGAUAGAACCACAAAAUCAAGGACUGUAAAAUAUUUCAGAAUUUCAUAGAAAUCUUGCAGAAGUGCAUAGAUCACAUUACAGAAAGUUGAUUCUGUUCAAGGAUAUUUUAUACCUGUCUAACAGGUUUUUUUUAAAAUUGUAUUUUACUUUUUUCCCGAAGGUUGACAUAAAGUUCACAACCAGUGGCGGAUCCAGGGGGGGGGGGGGGGUUUCGAGGGUUGAAACCCCCCUUUUUUUUGACGAUCAAUGCAUUUGAAUGGGGACAUAUAGUUGGAACCCCCCCUUUAUCCUGGGUUAGGAACCCCCCCCCCCCUUUUAUUAAUGACUGGAUGUGCCCCUGACAACUAAAGAUCAUCAUAAAAAGCAACAUUGACCAUUUAUUACUUUUGCUAACCAGAUCCAAUUUGUGAAGAUAUUUUUGACAUACAGAACUUGAGACAAAAUGAUUUUAUUGCUAUUUGGGACUGUUGGUCAAGUGAACUGGAAUAUGACAUACUGACAUCAUGCAAACAUUAAGUUUUGCACUGUGACAUCAGACAUUUAAUCUUGUGACUUCAAAUUAUAUGGGAAUGCCAAUGAUAUCCAGUAAUUGCAGACAAAUAGCAAUAAGAUGUAUGGAUUUUGCUUUGCUCAACACAUUCCAGUAUUUAUAUUUGUCAGCUUUAGGUAGAGAUUUCGAUUUGUUGUUUUUAACAUGCAUUCAUGUGUAAUACAGGUAGUAGAAGCCAAAAUCUCACUAGAAAUGUUUUAGUGCUAUUAUACUCUAUAAAUUUAAUUGAACAUAAAUAAUUCCCAAAUGAAUUCUUAUAGAAAUACUUUUUCUAGUGUAUUUCUAAUUGAUUUAAAAAAGGUUUACCAGAAGGGAAUUUUAAAUGAGUUUACAAUAUUAAAUAGAUGUUUCAAAUAAAUUAGCAAUUGUACAAUACCUACUAGAUUUUAUUAGUACUUUCCUAUUUUAUCAGCUGAGUUAUUAUUUGAAGCACCCUUUUGAACAAGCUCCUAUUUACUUAUAUUUAAACAGUUUGAGGGAAAGUGGAAGUGUAAGUUAAAUUUGAUUUUUAAUAUAGCCAGAUAUAACAUUAGGGCUCUUUGUCAGUUAGAAUUUGAAUUAAAAACAUCUCUGCAAGUCAGGUCUUUUUUUUUUCGAAAAUCAAAAUCUUUUUUCCUGUUCUUUAUUCAUUGUAGCAACUUAAGUAAACACAAGGUGGGACUAGAAUGAUAGAUGAAAGAACAUUUAUUUUACAUUGGACUGGUAUCCUAAUAAAAUGGAGAGGAAUGCAGUCAUUAAAAAUUACACAAUAAUCAGCCCCACCUCCUGUUUAUUAAAGUUGUUAAAUAUUGUUAUGUUUAUGUGUUGUUUAUCUGUUAACUAUGUCUGUUAACUAUGUCUGUGAUAAUUGUGGUGUUUAUUCACCAGAUCAGGAUUUUUAUAGCUGAUUGCUUGAAAUAGAUUCUGUUGUAGAAAAUAAAAGUGAAAACAUAAAAAAA